AGAGAUGCACCUCUCUGGCAGCCAGAGGACAGCUGGGGGGAGAUCCGAGAGAGUCCUCCCUGCUCAGCACGACUCCGUGUCCUGCCCGGCACCGUGCGGGGCUCAGACCCAGAAGGAUCAGAGGCAGCUCCAGAGGAGAAGUUGUGUUUGCAACAGGGGAAGGAACACCUGGGCAGGAGCUGAUCUAGGAAGUGCUUGUUCUCUACGGGAACGGUGACUCCAAGGGGUGGAAGAUGCUGGAUAAGGCCACUCUGCUCCUGUUCCUGCAUUUAGUUGCAUGCUCCAUCUCCUCUCCUCUCUACCCAGCUUUCAGGUACAGUCCAGGGCCAGUUGCUGGCAAGGCCACGAGCUUCCAGCUCCAGCACAGCAGCCCACUGCAGAGCCAGAACCCCUCAGCAGAGGAGCAGGAGGAGGAGGGUUUGUUAGCAGACCCCACUGGGAAAAGGGUGCAGCGCCAUGCCGAUGCCAUAUUCACCGACAACUACCGGAAAUUCCUGGGGCAGAUUUCCGCCCGCAAAUUCCUACAGACCAUCAUUGGCAAACGGCUCGGAAGCAGCGGGAGCAGCCCAGGAGAGGGGGUGCAGGAGUUCCUGACAAGGCGCCAGUCUGGCAGCAUCCUGAUGGACAGCAGCUUCCAGCACCACAUGGUCCUGAGGGACUUCCUGGGAGCCAUCCUGCAGAACCAGAGGCCUCAGGACAUGGACAGCAGUCGGUUAGAAGGCUUUCCCAGCACCCUGGCUAAGCUCAUGUAAAUACUUCUGCCUUUUCCAUCUCCCCACGCUCUGAAUAAUUCAGAGCUCGUGGACCUGAUGUACAGUGAGCCCUUCACAGCAGGGAAGACAUUGCCAGAUGUGAGCUGCAAACUGAUGCAUACACUCCUCAGACGUGAUCAAAGGAAUGCAGUGCUGAUGCACUACUUAAUUUCCUUCAGUCUUUACAGUUUAACUCCCCUCUCUAAAUACUGCUCCGUACUGAAUCAGAAAAACCCACCUCUGUGGUUUAACCUCAGGCUGCUUUACACACAGACUAAAACAACCCAUACACUUGUAAUCCUGGGGACAUUCUAUCUACUAAUUAAGGCUUUCAAAUCACAAAGUGUAGCAAAAUUUCUGCCAAGUCAUCAUUCUGUUUGAGGGCCUGAUUAACAAACAUGAGGCCACCAAAAGGCACCUUUAGGCAACUUAGUAAAUUGAUUACAGGCUUCUCUAAAUACAUGCUGAUGGCACAACCACACACAGAGCUCGGAUCAGAGCGAGGUGAGACAUGAAUCCACACGUCUCCCACCCAUCAGAAACACUGCUGUGGGCUGCUGCUGCCUCACUCCCUGACACAGAGCCCUGGCAGCAAAACUGAGCUCUAAAAACCUCAGCUAUGGUUAAUGCUCAGCCUUGAGGUGUUCAAACCAAAGCUACAGCUCUGUGAGAGUUCAAGGAGAUCCCUGUGCAUCAGAUUGGGCUGUCACUAUGUUUUAACUCAACGUCCUGUUGAGUGCCACCCCAUGGCUCUGAACUCCACUGUGACUAGAUAUGACUGUAAAUGUUUUCAAAGGAGUAACUUAUUUACCCAGUGAUGUCAAACAGCUACUUCCCCCCUGUCACCCCAAUUCUCCUAUUGUUUGUGUAAGAAUUAUGUCUUCAGAAAUGUAAAUAACAUCAGGAUGGGGUCUGCUUUCCCUCCAUUAGCAGGAAAUAAAAGUUGUUCUAAAUAAACCUGUCCAACAGCAGGUCAAGAUGCUCUUUUGUUGAGAAGUUAGUUUCUUGAUUUUGGGCCCAGAAUGGAAGAUGCUUCUCAAAGACAGUGGUCAAGUGCACUGAGGGUGACUCAGAGCUGGGCUAACAAAGGCAGGAGCUCCAAUACCAUUAACACCACCAGGCUGGAAAUACAGUGACAUGCACACGUGCAUUAAGGCCUCUGAAAUCAUUCCUCCUUGCACUCAAGCAAUUCCCUGACAGUCUGCAGUAGGUACCAUCUCAUUUUUCCUCAGGUGACUGUGUUUUAGGACAGCAAGCUCCAGUAUGUUUGAAGAUUAGUUCAUAC